AUGGAACGACACGACCUUGUUGCUGCUGCUGUUGAUCAACCAGAAGCAGCAGGUCCUCCCGAGCCAGAGGCAAUUGCUGGGCCAGACGACGCAGGAGGUGAUGAUGCUGAUCUUCCAGUUGAUAACCAGGAUAUUGACGAUCGUGCCAAUGUCCUGAAUCAACCUCAGAUGCAUCCAUUGGGUCCGUCUGAUGCCGGCCGGAUGGAGCUGUCACAGGAUGAACGACGAUGGGCUCGCACAGUCAAAGAGGCUAUUGAAAAGGACUCUGAGAUCACCAACCUCUCUGACUUUUGGUAUGUCCAGUUGGCUCUGAUUGAAAAAGGUCAGGACAUUGACAAUGUUCUGGAUAGGGCACGUCAUCUGCAGGCAUUCCGGCAGGAAUAUGGAAUUACGGAGACUACCUCAAGAGGAUGUUUUUUUGUUCGUGAAUUCAUCAAGCUCCUCCCUGGCUUUUCAUUGUCCUUUUCCUUCAACUAUGCCACUGGGCAUUAUGUGAAAGUUAUCGAUGUGGCAAAAUUCUAUAAUGCCAAGUUGUUGUCGACACCUGGAGCUGUGGAAACUUGGUUAGCUGCAAUUUACUAUUUACAAAAUGGACUCAACCCAGACUUUUGCGCCAUUCGAAACGGUGCAUUUCUUCUUAUGGAAUGUGAUGGCUUUGACUGGAAAACCAAUCUGAACCUACGACUCUUCACAAAGCUGUUCCAGGAGAUGGCAUCUGCCUAUCCCAUGCUUUGGCACAGUGUCAAUUGCUUUAACAGUGGUGUAUGCCUCAAUGUGCUCAUGUCCAUGGUCAAGAGAAUAUCUCCACCAGAGUUUCACAGAAACUAUGAGUUUGGUUGUGCCACAGAAUUGGGACGGUUGGACACUCUAUACCUCACUCCCAACAUGGAAGUGGCCAACAGAAGAAUCUUGGGUAAGCUCACAGUAGCUCUGGAGCGAAGAUAUGCCAACGAAGCUGCAUUCUCCUUGUAG